AUGGCCUCGAAUAAUAUCAAAGUUGUAGCACGUUUUAGACCGGUAAAUAAAGUUGAGCGCAAUCAAUACCCCCCGGAUGGAAGGCCUGUUAUAGAUAUCAGCGAUACCAAUGAUCAAGUCAAGCUUAAUAACGAUGACUAUUCUUUCGAUAGAGUCUUUAACUUGGAUUCAAAGCAAGAAGACGUUUUCGAGUACGGCGUUAGAGGCAUCGUAGACGAUGUCAUCUCUGGUUACAACGGUACCGUCUUUGCUUACGGUCAGACCGGCUCCGGUAAAACUUACACCAUGAUGGGCUCUGAUAUCGACGAUAACAACUCGAAGGGUAUCAUUCCACGUAUCACUGAACAGAUAUUCGAGUCUAUUCUCACUUCUCCUCCUAAUAUGGAAUAUCUCGUUAAAGUCAGUUAUAUGGAAAUCUAUAUGGAACGGAUCAGAGACCUUUUAUCUCCUUCGAACGACAAUUUACAAGUACACGAAGAUAAGUUGAGAGGUGUAUACGUCAAGAACCUCUCAGACUAUUACGUCGGUGACGCGAAGGAAGUUUAUGAGAUUAUGAGACAAGGUAGUUUAGCAAGAGCCGUUUCUUCUACCAAUAUGAAUGCUGAAUCCUCACGGUCUCAUUCCAUCUUCCUUAUUUCAAUCGUUCAAAAGAAUAUCGAAACUGGUUCUCAAAAGACUGGUAACCUAUACCUCGUUGAUUUAGCUGGUUCUGAAAAAAUAGGUAAGACUGGAGCAACCGGUCAAACUUUGGAAGAAGCAAAAAAGAUCAACAAGAGUUUGUCAGCCCUUGGUAUGGUCAUUAAUGCUUUAACUGAUGGAAAAUCUACACAUAUACCCUACCGUGAUUCCAAAUUGACAAGAAUUUUACAAGAAUCCUUAGGUGGUAACUCCAGGACAACCCUGAUCGUCAAUUGCUCACCAUCUGAAUAUAAUGUUGAUGAGACUGUCUCAACUUUGAGAUUCGGUAUGAGAGCCAAGUCAAUUAAGAACUCUGCCCGUGUUAACACUGAAUUGUCUCCUGCUGAACUCAAAAACCUACUGAAAAAGUCUCAAAGAGAUCGUGCAAUUUACGAGGAAUUUGUAAAUGCAUUAGAGGCUGAACUCAAACUUUGGAGGUCGGGUUUAACAGUUCCAAAAGAAGAAUGGGCUACCAAAGAACCUUCUGCAAAGGAGAAUAUACCUCUUAAUAAUUUAAUACCAUCUUCUCAGUCAAAACCUAUGAUUCAAAAUAUCGAUAAUACUAGAGAAGAAGUUCGUACAAACACCAUUCCUACAAAUUUGGAUAAAGAUGAAAGAGAGGAUUUCUUGAAGUAUGAAAAUGAGUUGAGUGAUCAAUUAGCUGAUAAAGAAAAAGCUGUUUCUUCACUCGAAAGGGUACUUAAAGAGUUACGUGACGAGCUUGAAUUUUAUAAAUCUUCACAUCAAUCUAUCAAUGAGGAAAAUUCAAAUUUCCAGACUCAAUUAUCUGACCUUCGUCUACAAUUUGAGAGAUUAGAAUUUGAUAAUAAGGAUAACAUUAUCAACAUGGAUGUCUUACGUGACAGAAAUGCUGAAUUAACAGCUUCUGUAAAUGAUCUUAAUAAAUCACUAGAAGAAGCAAAGAAUGCUGAGAAGGAUUCCCUUGCUGAGGACUUUGAAAAGAAGAAAGCAGAAAAGAUGGCUCAAAUGAUGGCUAAAUUUGAUGCAACCGGUUUCUCUGAGAAGAAUGAUACUUUACGGGAUGUACUUUCCAAAUUGGAUGAAAUCGAUAUCAAUGAGAAUUCUGAUCGUAGUGGUUUAACAUCAGAUGAUUUAUCAACUAUAAGACGUCAACUUAUUGAAAUGCAAUCUUUAACACGUGAUUCACAAGACAAGCUUCGUGCUAGUGAACAGGACAAUAAGGCUUUAGUUUCAAAGAGAGAAGAAGUCGAAACUAGAUUACAUAGCCUUGAAAGUGAAUUUGAGGAACUCCUUGAAAAAUCAAUUAAAGAAGAAGAGGCAAAUAAUUUAGAUUUACAAGAAUCUAUCAAUGGAAUUAAGGAAAAACUCGAAGCUCAAUAUAAUACCAAGAGAGAGAAAGUUGAGAUUGAAGUUAAUGAUUUACGUCAACAGAUUGAAGUUAAAAACCACGAUGUUAAAACACUAAAGGAUGAAGUUAAAACAAUGAAUGGCUUGAAUGAUGAACUCAAACGUGCAUUCGCUGUCACUUCUGCAGGUAUUGAAGGUGGUAAAAACUUGGUUGAUUCGGCCAAAGACCUCGAAAGGACGCGUAAGAGUCUUGCAUCUCAACUAAAUGAAUUUGAGGGUAUGAAAAAGUCAUUGAUGAAAGAUCUGCAAGAUCGUUGUGAGAAAGUGGUUGAAUUGGAAAUUGAGCUUGAUCAAUAUAAAGAACAAUACGCUCAAGUUUUGCGUAGCACCAAUAACAAAGCGGCUCAAAAGAAGAUGGCAUUCUUGGAGCGUAACUUAGAACAAUUAACUCUUGUUCAAAAGGGACUUGUCGAUCAGAAUCAGUCAUUAAAGAAGGAAGUUGCUAUAGCUGAGCGCAAAUUGUUAACUAGAUCCGAAAGAAUUAGCAACCUCGAACAACUUUUACAAGAAGCUGAUAAAAGAUUAGUUAUCUCUAACGCUAAGUUCGAAGGACAAUUACAGGCCGUAAGAGAGCGUCUUGAACAAGCCAGAUCACAAAAAGCCUCAACUACUGCUUCUAUUAAUUUCGGUAGAAUUGCUAAACCUCUUCGGGGUGGUGGUGGCAGCGGUUCAGCUGGACCUUCUCCGACAAAUAAAAAGACAAUCGAUUUGUCAGGAAUCGCUGACAACGAUGAUGGAUCUUCAACUAAACGUGCCUCAUGGUUCUUCUCAGCCGGCAAGUAA